CCUGGCCGUGGGCGGGCGGGCAGGAGAUCGCCCCGACGGCGGGACCCUCCUCAGCGGCCGCGACCAUGGUUCUGCUGACGAUGAUCAGCCGGGUGCAGGACGGGCUCCUCCUGGCAGCGUCGAUGCAAGAAUCGGAGCAGUCGAACCGGAACUUCCAAGAAUAUCACAACCAAGCCAAGCAGCUUUUCCGUAAACUUGGGGACCAUUCGCCAAACCGGUGCUCCCUGGAAGCUGGAUCAAUGACUUUUCAUUAUCUGAUCAGCCAAGGCAUUUGCUAUCUGACGCUGUGCGAAGCUUCCUACUCGAAGAAGCUGGCCUUCUCCUUCCUGGAGGAGCUGCAGGCUGAAUUCUGGGAGCUGUAUGGGAAGAAAGUGUCCUCUGUUUCGCGACCUUAUGCCUUCAUUGAGUUUGACCUUUAUAUCCAGAAGCUGAAGAAAUCAUAUCUGGAUACCUGGUCAAAGCGCCACCUGAGCAGCAUCAACGUGGAGCUACAAGAUGUCCAGAAGAUCAUGGUCACCAACAUCGAAGAGGUGCUCCAGCGCGGGGAAGCCUUAUCAGCUCUGGAUUCCAAAGCCAGCAACUUGUCGACUCUCUCCAAGAAAUACCGUCAGGAUGCCAGGCUCCUCAACAGCCGCUCUGCUUAUGCCAAAGCUGCCGCCUCUGGCCUGAUUUUUGUGGUACUUAUGCUCUAUGUACGCUUUUGGUGGCUUGUGUGACUGUGCGGCCUUCCCUCUUGCCACCCUCCGCCCCAUCUCUUCGGUCCUGCCUCAUUUGGGACACCUGAAGCAAAAAGGGCAUGUGUUCCCAGCCAUCUCGUCCGAGGCAGAACCAAGAUAAGCAGUGCCCUCUCCAGGAGAAAUGUGAACUAUGAUUUUUUUCCGAGAAAGUGUUCAACUUGUUAUAAAGAGAUGAUUUUCAAUACAGCAUUUUUGGCCACCUUGUGGCCAAAACUAAAACG